AUGGCCACUGCGCCACAUGGAUCCGAGGCAAAGCCUGCGGAUAUUCUCAAUGAAGAUAUACACUCACACCAAGCAGAGGUGGCAUUGGACCCUGAAUCCGACGAGGACAUCCCACUGGAGGCAGAGGAACUCAAGGAGGCCCUUGGGCGAUCCCCGCCAGUGAACAGCAGCUAUCUCCCUCUACCCUGGAAAGGAAGGUUAGGAUAUGCCUGCUUAAAUACCUACCUCCGCUACGCUACCCCUGCCGUAUUCUGUUCUCGAACGUGUCGAAUCGCCUCUAUCAUCGAGAACCGACACCCCCUCCAAGAUCCCGAACAACCUGCACACUCGACCAAGAAUCGUCCGGACCGGGAUCAGCCGGCCGAUGUUGCACGCGGUCAGGCCUUUGUUGAGGCUCUCGGCCUGACAAAUGCGCGUGAUUUGGUCAAGAUCCUUCGCUGGAAUGACAGGUAUGGCAUUAAGUUUAUGCGAUUAAGUAGUGAGAUGUUCCCUUUCGCUAGCCACAAAGAAUACGGUUAUAAAUUGGCGCCGUUCGCCUCGGAAGUUCUGGCGGAUGCAGGCCGGGUGGUUGCAGAACUCGGUCACCGUGUCUCGGUUCACCCGGGCCAAUUCACGCAGUUUGGAUCGCCGAGGAAAGAAGUGAUUGAGAGCUCUCAACGAGAUCUUGAAUACCAUUCGGAGUUGCUUCAGCUUCUCAAACUUCCCCCUCAGCAAGAUCGCGAUGCGGUAAUGAUCCUACACAUGGGUGGGGUUUUUGGUGAUAAAGCCGCGACACUUGAUCGGUUCCGAGAGAACUAUGCCAAGUUGUCGCAGGACAUCAAGAAUCGAUUGGUUUUGGAAAACGACGAUGUCAGCUGGUCUGUUCACGAUCUACUGCCAAUCUGCGAGGAGCUUAACAUCCCUCUUGUCCUCGACUAUCACCACCAUAAUAUCAUUUUCGAUUCCAAUGAGCUACGUGAAGGCACGCAGGAUAUUAUAGGGCUCUAUGAUCGCAUUGCGGCAACUUGGUCUCGAAAGAACAUUACGCAGAAGAUGCAUUACUCCGAACCAACUGCUCCAGCAAUCACACCUCGCCAACGCCGCAAACACAGUGACCGUGUGAAUACACUACCUCCAUGUGCAGACACCAUGGACCUGAUGAUUGAAGCCAAAGACAAAGAGCAAGCUGUCUUUGAGCUGAUGAGAAACUUCAAACUCCCCGGCUACGAACGUGUGAACGACCUAAUCCCUUUUAUGCGCCCCGACGAAAACCAACCCUUCAAACCCCCAAAAAGGUCGAAGAAAAACGGCGGUUUUGUGGAUCUCGAGGGCUCAAUACCCCCGCCUCGCACCAUUCCAGAGGAAGAAGUUAGCAUGGGUGGACCUGAUGGUAGAGUCUACUGGCCCCGGGGCAUGGAAGAAUGGCUCAGACCUGCGAAGAAGGUUGUCAAACCCAAAGCAGCCGCGAGUCCGAAGAAAAGCACACCGAAGAAGGUGAAGACCGAGUACAUUGCGGACGAUAUCCCUCUUGACGCAGCCAAGGUAGAAACCCCCAAGAAACCAAACGCUGCCAAACGCACGACUACCUCUAAGGCUCGAAGCAAGCGCAAGGCUUCGGUGAUCGAGUCGACCCCUGAGCCAGAGGAGACUAGUGAUGUUUCCGCAGAAUUGGAGAAUUCUCGGGAAUCACUUUCUCGGCGGAGUUCACGUGCGAAGAAGCAUCAUAUUGCCAAACUUGUCGAAAUCUCCGAGAAACCUGAAACGAACGCGACCCUGGCUCCUAAACCACGCUUCCGCUGGCCCAGCCUCCGGUCGAGGACUCCCCUCUCACAACGCCCACCCACCCUCUUCCCUUCGUUCCCCCGUGAGCCUCGACCUAGCAAGCUCUCACGGAUUCUCCGCCUACUCGUUGGCCCACACGCAAGCAGACGAGCCCAGUCCCGUCUCUGGGGCCUCCGACACGAGACCCUCCCGGCCCUCCGUCACCGGGCACAAUCACGGAUCUACCGAGCAAUCGUCAAACGCCAAGCACGACUCGCAGCGCGCGAUCGCAGACUCGGAGGAGGCAUAGUCUCCUAUCUCCUCGGCCCCCGACGACAGUUCCGCACGUGGAGAGCCAACGCGGCAUCCAGUCUCAAUUCCGCUGCAAGGCAUCCGAAGUCGAUCCUAGCCCGUUCCGGACCGAAAGAAGCCGCGGGAGAUCCAAUGGCACAGCCAGGGCUUUCAUCGACAUGGGGACCAGGAGGCGCCGAUGGCGCCGGUGUCACUGGUAGCCGUCGCAAGAAGGUCUUCGAGUACUUCAAGGCUGCGAAUGAGUUGCGCCAGUCUUAUACAUCUCAAUGGUCUGGACAGAGGAACGACCAUGAUGAGGAUUACUACAAUACCCCCGGCGCCUUCCCCGACAUUGAAAUUGCGCGAUCCGGCGACGAAGAGAUGGUUCUUUUCCCGAGUUAUGCUCGGAAACUGACGGAAAAGAAGAAGACUGAUGCUAGCACACGUCCGCGACGUGACUCCUGGUCGGAGACCAUCGAUGAAUACCGGGGGGAGCCCCAUAACGACGAGAGCUCUACGCCUGGUUGGGAUGACACUGAGACCGAAAAUGCGGUCGUGGCCGUUGACGUGCGUGGCUGGAUCUACGCUCCUGGUCGCGGUCCCAUGAGCCGAAAGCACCGUUUGAUGAUUGCGCUAGCCAGGAAGCUGAGCGGCAUCCCUGCACCAACGGGAACGACCAAUGAUGAAAGCGACGACAAGAUGUCAGGCAAGGGAGAUGAUGAAUACGUGGACAAGCAAAUGCAAAAUUUAGUCGAUACAGCCGAGAAGGAAGCAGAUCCGGCUUGGAAGAGUACACACACGGACAAAGCGCAACACCCUGUACCGCUGAGCAAAGAUGAGCUGUCUAUGGCAAAUGCUCAUCUCAUGGAACGACUCCGUCCAUUCCUCACAAACCCCGUUGCUAGUAUGCCCGUGACUGUUUUCUUCUUUGACGAGAAUGAGAGCAAGUCUCGGAAUAUUACAACGGAUGAAUCGGGUCACUUCACUCUUCGUGCUGCAUUGCCAUUUGUCCCAACUCAUAUUCGUGUGUUGGCAUCCGAGGACUUGUCUGCUGCACGGCCAAUUCAGAUCAUCGACCCAGUUGGAAUCAGUUUGAUCAGUGACAUCGAUGAUACAGUGAAGCACUCUGCUAUUGCUGGUGGAGCGAAGGAGAUGUUCCGCAACACAUUUGUUCGUGAAUUAGGUGAACUCACCGUUGAAGGAGUCAGUGACUGGUAUGGCAAGCUGGCCAAGCAGGGUGUCCAAAUCCACUAUGUGUCCAACGCCCCAUGGCAAUUGUACCCUCUCCUCGAACGCUACUUCAAGAUGGUGGGCUUGCCACCAGGCUCGUUCCACCUCAAGCAAUACUCGGGGAUGCUACAAGGAAUAUUCGAACCUACAGCAGAGAGAAAACGAGGAUCACUGGAGCAGAUUUUGCGAGACUUCCCUGAACGCAAGUUCAUCUUGGUUGGAGACAGCGGCGAGGCGGAUCUCGAGGUGUACACAGACAUCGUCCUGGCAAACCCCGGCCGCAUCUUAGGAAUCUUUAUCCGCGAUGUCACGACCUCGGAGCCCCAGCAAUUCUUCGAGAAAUCCGUCGGCCCUCUUGACCCACCCAAGCGCAAUCGCAGUUUCCCGGAUGUAAAAGAUCAGUCGGAUGCUGUCCCCAAUAGACCAGCUCUGCCGCCUCGUGCAUCUCCGUCUCUACCAGCAGUACAUAUACCUUCACCGGACGCUGAACCACAGAGCGUGGAUAUCGAAGACUUGAUUGAUCUUACAGAUCUUAUCAUUGACCAGAAGCCACCCCCAGCUGGACUUACCCACCCUGAUCAACCACGUCCACCUCCCGUUAAGCCGGUCAAACCAUCUGCACUGCGCAUGGUUUCCACACCUGCGGAUCUACUGAGGGCCAGACCGGCCAGGCCGUCUGCUUUGCGUCAAAGUACUACACCUUCUGAUAUGACGAGGGAGACCAGUCCCAAGCCAUCACCUGCUCCACAAGAAGCUCCGAAGCGCAAGCCUGUUCCUCCUGUUCCACCAAAGCGUGGAUCUACGCCCAAGACUGAGUCAUUAAUUGAUGCGGAGCCUUCACCCAUUUCUCGCAGCAGCACUACUGGGUCAUCUACGAAUGACGCCUCAUCAUCGUUGCUCAGCAACCUCAACGAUGGCUCCUCAAGUUCCCGUUCUCAGUCCCCACCAAGGGGUUCAAAGCAACAGCCACCUCUCCCACCACCCCGUCGCGCAAACGGUGCAUCGCCAACCGCCCACUCCGAUUCCAGUGGAUCAUCGACACCCCGUCCUGCAGCAAGUAGCAUCCAAUCCUACCCAGCAGCAGCCGCCCAAGCCGCAUACCAAGGAUUCCAAUACGCAACCGAGCGGCUCAACUUGUCACAAAGCCCCUCUAAUGGAUCACGACAGUCUCCAGCGGGACCAAAUAACGAGUCGGGUAUGCCUCCCGUGCCACUCCCGAAUAAACGCGAGGAACUCUGGCGUCGUCGCUGGGAACGCGCAUCUGAGGUUCUUGAAGACCAUGGGGUUGUGCUGGGUAGUUGGCGCGUUGGAACUGAUGCCCAGCCUGUUUGUGCAUGGUUAGUGGAGAGGGCGAUUAAAGAUAUGCAGGCCGGUCCUACGAAGAAAGAAUAA